CCAGCAUCAACAUCCCGCCUGAUUAAUGAUACCCUCUUUCUUUUCUGUCGGCUUAUAACUGGGACAAAGACUUUCUCCAAGUUUGGCCUGCCCCUUUAACAGCAGUGCAGCCCUAGUGGUGAUUAUCGGACUGUCCGAUUCCUUGGAAACUCUGCGGCGCAGCUCUCACUUUAAACCGGGAUCAUGGCGGCUCCGCUCGGGCGGGACACACUACCUGAGCACUGGUCCUACGGAGUGUGUAGGGAUGGCAGGGUAUUUUUCAUCAACGACAAAACUCGCGGCACUACUUGGCUCCAUCCCCGCACGGGUGAACCUGUCAACUCAGGACACAUGAUUCGAUCAGAUUUACCGCGGGGAUGGGAAGAGGGCUUCACCGAGGAAGGCGCCAGCUACUUUAUAAACCACAACCUGAGGACAACGACAUUCAGGCAUCCUGUGACGGGACAUAUCUCCUCAGAAAACACUGACUUCAUUUUACAAGACCAGGCAAAUUUACGCAUGUCCAAGCCACCACCAGAGCCGAGGCCUCCCAGCAUGGUCAGCGAGUCCUCUGUUGCCAUCUCCUCAUCCCCUGCAGACACCACCUCAGGAUCCAGGAGUUUGAAACCCAGUGGGAAGGUGCACUGCUUUGGCAAGCGCGACCACUCCAUCAAAAGGAACCCUAAUGUCCCAGUGGUGGUGAGAGGAUGGCUCUACAAACAGGAUAGCUCAGGCAUGAGACUGUGGAAGAGGAAAUGGUUUGUGCUUUCUGAUUACUGCCUGUUUUACUAUAAAGAUAGUCGAGAGGAGACAGUUCUGGGUAGCAUUCCCCUGCCCAGCUAUGUCAUUUCCCCUGUGGAACCUGAGGACCACAUCAGCCGCAAGUACGCCUUCAAGGCCUGCCACACAGGAAUGCGCUCCUACAUUUACAAUAAGAAUUCUCUGAUUGGCUCGCAGGCCGAGCACUGUGGCAUGAGGACCUACUUCUUCAGCGCCGACACACAAGAGGACAUGAAUGGCUGGAUCCGGGCCAUGAACCAGGCUGCGCUGAUGCAGAGCCAUGGCGUGAAGAGAGAAGCUGAAAGACUCUCCAAACCUGAACAGCAAGCAGUCUCUCAGAACAACCAUUUCAGCAGCGGCAUCAAAAGCUCCUCCCAGGCCGAGGGCCUCCAGCAGACAGUGCAUGUAGAGGUCGCAGAGCUGAGGCCGGAGCGAGAUGGAGAGGAGUGCUAUGUUUACAGCAAGGACAUGUUGGAAGAUCCUGUUAAAAUCACCUCUGGAGAGAUGGAAUUGGAAGGGAUUUCCCCAUCAGGUGCCCAUUCUCGCCCGCCUUCCACAGUGCCCACUCACAGGAACGGACUGCCCUCCUCGGGCGUACCUCCCGAUCAGAACGGGAACGUGGUGUAUAAGAGGGGUCUCGUCCCCCGUACAGACACAGAGAAAAAGGUACAAAGGAAAACUGCGCUGGCUCAGGUCGAGCACUGGGUAAAGGUGCAGAAAGGAGACCCCAAAAGCCAUCCCACUGCUGAGUACACCCUACCCAGACGGACACCGCCUCUGCAACCUAAAUCCGUGAUGUUGGAGACGUACCAGUCAUUGCCAAAGACCACUCGCCAUCACUCCGGAGGCAGUUCCCCACCAGUGCCCCGCAACCUGCCUAGUGACUACAAGUACGCCCAUGACCGUCUUAGCCACUUUCGUAUGUCUACUGAUGAGCGAUUGGCCACUAAAGAGGGCAUGGUGUGGCAGCUGUACGAGUGGCAGCAGCGCCAACAGUUUCGCCACGGAAGCCCCACAGCGCCAGUCUACACCGGGCCUGACUACAUGGACACAUCUGCCUUCAGAGUCACUCUGGAAAUGCCACGAUCCAUAUCUGUGCCCCCGUCACCGUGUGACAUACCCCCACCCGGCCACCCUUCCAAGUCCUUGUCCCCACGCAGGCCCCACACGCCCGCCGACAGGGUGACGGUGCGCCCGCUGGAUGACUUUGCCACCGUGGACACUCCCAGCUUGGGUUCUCCCAGAGGAAUAUGUUCCCAGAUCUCAAAGACCUCACAAAUAGAGAGGAGAUCCAUGCCAACAAUGGGGUACAUCACGCACACAGUCAGUGCGCCAAGUCUGCAUGGAAAAACGCCGGAGGAGUUGACCCUGCUGCUCAUCCAGCUCAGGAGACACCGGGCCAAGAUGGCCAGCGUGCGCAGCGACACAUUCACACACCUGCAGAACCAGCACAACGGCCUCUUAGGCCCCAGUUUGCAGGCAGAUGACACUUACAUCCAGCUGAAGAAGGACCUGGAGUAUCUAGACCUGAAGGUGGGCUCUAGUGGAUCUGCCUUCACCUUCCUCCACCUCUCAUCUUCUCCCUCUCUCCUCAAGGUAACUGGACGUGACUCGCUUAAAGAUCGACCACCUCGGCCUGUUAAAAUAGCUGAAAGUGACAUAGAUGUAAAGCUUAGUAGGUUAUGCGAGCAAGACAAGAUCCUACAGGAGCUGGAGGCCAGGAUACGCACACUCAAAGAAGAUAAGGACAAGCUCGAGUCAGUUCUGGAUGUUUCCCAUCAGCAGAUGGAGCAGUACCAGGAUCAGCCCGCCCAUGCAGAGAAGAUCGCAUAUCAACAGAAGCUGUUACGAGAGGACGUGGUCCACAUCAGGGCGGAAAUCUCACAGGUGUCCACGGAGAUGGAAAACGCUUGGGUAGAGUACAGCCAAUUGGAGAGAGAUGUGGACAGACUGCGUUCAGCCCUUCAAGAUCAGAUGUCCCACAGUGCUCUUUCUCUGCAAGAGAAAUCUCAGCUGAGGAAGGAGUUGUGGCGGAUCGAGGACGUGCUUGCAGGCCUGAGCUCCAGCAAAGCCAACUACAAAGUGACCAUUGACUCUGUGCGGAAUCCAGGUGAGAGCGGGCCCCUGCCUGCCAUCACCCCCAUGCAUUGGAACACAGACCGAGAGAGGAAACUCGUGCCUUCAGCGUCAUUGUCCGCAGUGCCUUCUCUGUCUGCGAGCCCAUCCAUGGGUGAACUGAAAGCUGCUCAACCCAGUCCACAUCUCAGUCCAGUGCAGUCUACCCAGCAGCCCUUGCAGCUCUCACAUACAGCACACAAGCCAAAAUGGCCUGAAGAAGAUGCUCCACCCAGACCCCCUCUCCCUCACCUCUACAGUCCAGACGAACACCCUCCGGCUGUGCCCCCUCUCCCCAAAGAGACCUCCGUCAUCCGCCACACAUCAGUCAGGGGCCUGAAACGACAGUCUGAUGAGCGGAAGCGUGAUCGUGAGAUCGGGCAGUACACUAAUGGAGAUCAGAAGGUUGAGAUACGAGCGUUCUUGAGCGAGCCUGAACUACUGGCAGUUGGUGGACAAAUUGGGGGCUUGAGCCGUGAUAGUGGUUACCAAACUCUACCAAACAGAGGCUUGACAGGCUCAUCUUCAAGACUGAACCAGUCAUCAAACAUUUCAUCAUUUGUCACCCUCAGAAGAGGACUCACCACCACAAGCUUGAAGGAGAGACCAAAGAGUGCCUUGGAGCGGCUUUACUCUGGGGAGCCCGUGCAGCAGCGCGGCCGCAUGAGCGCCGAAGAGCAGCUGGAGAGGAUGAAGCGUCACCAAAAGGCUCUCGUACGGGAGCGCAAAAGAACGCUCAGCCAGGGCGAGCGGCAGCCGUCCUCAUCUCGUACCUCCUCCUCCUCCACAUCCAGACCCGUGUCUGCAGACCUGGGAUCAUGGAGGAGAGAGCAGGACUUUGAUUUGCAGCUUCUUGAGCGGGCCGUGCAGGGUGAAGAGAGACUGGUCGAGCACAAAGAGAGACAGCGCUCUCACUCAGACGAAUGGCUCACCCUGAGCAGCACACCCCUGAGAGAACUAGAUCUGGAGCCUUUGGACUACCAGCUGGAUCUCAGCAAAGAGCUGGCCAAGCCACAAAAGGUGGCCAUCCCCGAGCGCUAUGUGGACCUGGAUCCAGAGGAGCCCCUCAGCCCUCAGGAAAUGGAGGCCAGACAUCGUAAAGUGGAACGAAUCAAGAGCAUCCUGGCUAAGUCUAGUGUCCAGAAUAUACCUCCUCCAGCAGCAGUAGACAAGCCGGUUCUGCCAGACGUAGACUCGGCUCUACAGGAGCAAGAGAGGAUCAUCACCAUGUCCUAUGCCUUAGCAUCAGAGGCCUCGCUCAAGAGCAAACAAGUGGCAGCCUCACCGCCGGUUAACAGUCCCACCUCACUCCCUCAACCUCCACCACCCCCUCCUCUUCCUCCCCCCACUCCUGUUGCCGUCUCUACGGCUCAGUCUGCUCCCCCUCCCCUGAGCAAUGGAUUUCACUACACCUUUGUCUAAUCAGAGAAAAACAAAAGAGAAGGAGGGUGGAGAGUGUUUACCUGUCUACUAUUAGUAAGCCAAAGCUGUGUCUGGAUAUUGAGGUGCUGUCACAUUCUGAAAACCCCACUAGUGGUGGACAAACUUAAACUCAGCUUAUCGAAUCACAUCGCUCACAUUUAGAGAUGACGUUAGCGCACUUUUGGACUCACAUGGGAACUCACUUCUGAAAUGCAUUUUUGUAGAGCUAUUAUUUGAUAUGGACUUCUUGCUGUGGAAACUGCUGUGCAUAUGCUGUACAAAAUCUAACCAUGAUAACCCAGAUAUAGAGAGCCAUUUUAUAUACAUUACUGCACUUUUAAUAUGCACCGUAUUGUAGAGAACAUUUAAAGCUCAUGUUUCACUUCUCAAGGCAAGACAGAUGUUUGAAACGGUAACGUAAUGGCUAAAAGUAUUAUACAUGUGUAGCGCAUUAUGAACGUGAAGGGUACAAAAAUGUCAAAUGUCGAUUGUAUUUUGUCAAUUCAGAUGAUAUUCUUACACCAAAUCACUUGAAAUAUUAUUUUUAUGUAUCCAGCACUGCCAGUUUCCAGUUAGCUUGCCAAAUGCAUUUUAUUUUUGUUGACAAAGUUAAGAAAAAAUAACAUUAAUAUUUUCAGACAGGAUUUGUGGGGAAGGGGUUGGGGAGGGAUAUGCCACAUACUUUUUUUAAAGAAACUGUAAAUAUUAAAGAUAUUAACAAGCCAUUUGUCUUUUAUUCUGCCUGUGUUCUCAAAGAAUGAAAGAAGCAGAGAAAAGAAUUUCUAGUUUUCCAGCUUCAGAAGAAAAAUGAUGUCAAAUUAGCAAUUUAUGAAAUUAUUUUACAUUUGCAUUGCAUUAUAAUAGGUCGUCAACUCCAUUCUUACAAAGUAAUUCGAAAUGACACAUUUUGUGAAUAUCUUCUGAUCUCACCUUGUGUUUUA